UCGGUUCUGUUUUUCUCGUGCCGGCACGUGCGUUCGCUACGCUCCGUUGCGGGUAUUCCGGCGGCGGCAACAGCAGCGUAUUUUUUGGGUUUCCAGUUUUCGGUGUCUAGCGUAGUAGCCCUCGUAGUCCUAGUAGCAGUAGUAGUACAUACGUCAUCGGUUCCUUAUUUGUGUUUUACGUUCUGGAACGUCACGCCCGCGAUUAGACACCCGCGUAGAAGUCGAUGUUUAGAUGUUCAUGUGCUUAUCGUAUGUGAUUGUGUCUAUGUGUGUAUGUGUGUGUGUACGUGUGAGUGUAGGUGUGCCCUAUCACCCCCUCCACCAGUGUCACUCGAUCGAGUAGAGAUCAGCAGCAGCAAAGCGGGCUUAUCUGUGUAGUUGUUAAUAGUAGUACGCGCCAUGACAGUGACGUCGAUCAUCGCAGCCGCUGAACAACUCAUCCAACUCGCCGCCGGGAGCAGCAUCCUUCUUCUUUGAAUACCGCACAAUGCCGGCUCGCGUUAUCAUCUACAAAAGUGAUCCAACCUCGUGUGUGUGUGUGUGUGUGAGCUAGCACAUUCUAAUCGCUAAUCCAACGACCGCGACAACGACAACGCUGACGGUGCCGCGAAGUGCAUUUGUGCCUCAAACGAUCUAGCAUCCGAUGAUCAUCGUCAGCAGCAGCAUAACCAUAACCGCGGUGAUUAUGUUCUAUGUUACGCCGGCGAGUUUGUGUCCGUGCGAGUCCGUGUGUACAUAGCGUGUUUCGGAGUAACAAGUAUUCGUUCCAACGCCCCAGAAGCCAGAGAGAGAGUCUUAUAAGUGCAAUACGCAACAAAACCGACGGUGGAAGUCGGGGAGGAUUUCAACCCCCUUUCCCUAUUCCCCUGGUGUGCCGAACGUGUGUCUGUGUGUGUGUGCAGCUGAUGUGCGGUGCGGUGUGGUGUGGUGAAGCAGCAGCAGCAACAUAACAGAAAGUGUCGCCGAGCAGUGAGCAAGCGCCAGGACACGGACACCCGGAGCGUCGUACAAAUAAGUCGACACCUGGGAGACGCGCCGGUCAGCGCUGAUUGGUUGGGUUGGGCAGCGACAACGACAACGACAACACCCCCACUGUCACCUCCCACCCCGCCGUUCAAUUUUAGUCAUCCCCCCUCCCUUCACGAGCUCUGUGUCUGUGUGUGUGUGUGUGUACAGCAACUCAAAAACGUGCUUACGCCUCAUCGCCUGUGGUUCUGGCAGAAAAUUCCCGCCGCCUGUCAUACUGUGACUAGAGCAGCAGCAACAGCAACAGCAACAGCAACGCCUUCGUCCCUCGCCAAGGCUCAGUAGGCUUCUUCUCCAAAACGACGACGAGUGUUUUUUCGAUGGUGUCUGUUUUGUGGUGACCGAAUCCGAAUCCCAGGAGUGCAUUUGCAGUGCUCACGCCACGAAAGUAAUCAAGCCGGUUCUUGAGUUCGAUGAUUUCAUGAUUCUUGCUUGCUCCGUUGGCGGUGUUAACGUUCGAGUUGCAAGCGUUUCGUGUGUUCCGUACCGUCGCUACCGACGCCAAAAACGGGGUGUCCGAGCAUCCUGAUAUAUUUCAGUACGUCAGUUUUGCGCGCCCGCGCGUGUGUGUGUACUUGUGUGUAGAGCAGUGUGUAUACCGUGUGUGUGUCUGCUGUGUCUGCCCCCCGCCCAGUGUGUACGUGUGCGCUGAUCGCGCGAAGCAAAACGGAAAUCCCGCGAAAAGCGAGAAAAAAAGGUAUCUCAAGAAGACCUUUUGUGUGUGGCAGGAGCAGCAGCAGCAGCAGCGACAACAACAGGAGCAGCAGCAGUGAAAACAGCCGAGAACGGAAGACCGAAAGAUCCUCUCAUCCCUUUUUCCGUUGUUACGCCCGGGGCCCCAGGAGCCUACUACUCCUCCAAACCGAGCCAGGCUGUGCCGGAACAGUGAAUUCGCCCACAAAACGAGAUCAUUUCAUCUGGAUGCAUGAUUGAUGCCGUUGAGUUUUCCUUGAUCCACCGGCAGCAUCACAGAACGACAGACCUAAUGACUAUGGCGGAUGGCGGUUAUGACCCAAUGGGGCACAUCCAGACGGGUCGUCCACAAGCCUACUACCUGUACCAGGUGGCAGCCGCCGCCCUGGAACAGCAGCAGCAGCUUCAGCAGCUGGAACAGCAGCAGCAACAGCAGCAGCGCCAGCAGCAGCAGCUUCAGCAGCAGCAACAACAGGCGGCAGCAGCGACCGCAGCAGCAGCAGCAGCCGCCGCCACAGCCGCAGCAACGGCCGAUCCUCAGGAAUCGUCCGAGAUUGGCUCGAACUCGACACCACCCCGAUCCAGCCCACCAUCAGAGGAUGGACACGAAAAUAACAACAAUCUGCCCGCGGCUGCCAACAACAAUCUGUUUCGCACCGAGCAGCACAAGAAACACAAACGGAAACGGUUGUCGGCGGUGCUGGACAAGCUGCACAACGGUGGCUCGGCCGUAGUCAACCACAACAACAACAACGUCGGUGAAGGUCAACCGUUUAAGCUCAAGUGUACGGAUUCGCGCUCGAGCGCCGAAGAUUCGGCCGCCGAGGAUGUGUUCCCGUACUCCGCUAGUCCGCGCAUCAGCAUCAGUCCCCUUCGGUUGAGCGAGGUCGAUGAGAACCAGCCACUCCAGCAGCAGCAGCAGCAGCGGUUACCAGCGGUGAAACAGGAGGCAGGAGCGCUGGCCUCAGCGACUCAGCUAAUCAUCCCCCCGCACGGCUAUGACCAACAGCUGCCAUCACCUUCGCAACUGCACCAGGCGAAGCUGGAAGCGCAGCUACAGCGCCUAACACCGCUCCAACCGACACAGAUCAAGCAGGAGCAGCAGGAUCCGCAGCAGCUCUACAAACAGCUCCAGUACUUUAACCCGCUGGCCCUGUUCAACUGUCUACCCGAACCGACCAAACUGCUCUACCAGGAGUUUGCCCGCCAACGAAGCCAUUCCGAUUCCGACCUUCAGCAGCAGCAACCGCAGCAGCAACAGCAGCAACAGCACAAGAAGCAGCAAGGACAGGCGCGCCAGCAAUCGACGAAGCAGCCAUCGAAGAAGAAACGAUUGAACGGCGGGAAGGCGACUGGUGCGGGUGCGGCAUCCCAGCAGCGUCAACGGCCACCGACCUCGAGCAGCCGGUGUAGCAAUGCCAGCAGCAACGGUGCGCCCCACGAUCCCCAGGAGCAUCCGCUCGAUCUGUCGAUGAAGUCGACCGGCAGUGGCAGCGGAAUGUCGCUGCUCGAUUCGCCUAGUCUCCUCGCCUCACCGGUGAUCAAGCAGGAACCCAAACUGGCCGACAGUCCACCGCCACCACCACCGCCACCGUCACGGGAUUCCCCGCUACCAGCGCUACAACCGCCACCACCAAAGCUGAUCGUGAAGCGCGAAGAUUGUCGCGAUCGUCGUCGAUCGUCCCCGUACGAGCAGCUGAACGGUUACGGGCAUCAUCACGGGGCCACCGUGACGGGUGGUCCCGGUUCCGGUCCCGGUGGUGCGCCCGGUUUCAACCUGAACGUGUCACCGGUCGUCGAGGAGAUGCCACCGGGUUCGGAUGUCGCCUACAUGUGCCCGGUCUGUGGGCAACUGUUUUCGCUUCAGGAUCGGUUGGCGAAGCAUAUGGCAUCGCGGCACAAGAGCCGUACCGGACCGACGGACAUUACCAAAUCGUACAUGUGCGAGGUCUGCCAUCGAUCGUUCGCCCGGUCCGACAUGCUGACGCGGCACAUGCGCCUGCACACCGGCGUCAAACCGUACUCGUGUAAGGUGUGCGGUCAGAUCUUCUCACGCUCUGACCAUCUCUCGACGCACCAGCGGACGCACACGGGCGAGAAACCGUACAAGUGUCCGCAGUGUCCGUACGCGGCCUGCCGCCGGGAUAUGAUCACGCGUCAUAUGCGCACCCACACGCGUUACGAUUCGCAGCGAGGUGGCGGUGGGCUGGGGGGUGGGAUAGGGAUAGGUCCGGGCGGUGACGGUGGCAGUCCACUGAUGGACCAGAAACCGCUUCUACUGCCCAUGGUUAGUCUGGGUACGGGGCGUAGCAUGAAGAAGCAGGUCAGCUUCGGGGGCGUCCCGACGAGCUACGUACUUGAGGCAAAUACUGAAUCGUAAGGGGGGUCGAUCGAUGUAGCUGGUGUUAGGUAGCGGAGGAACAUUCCUUUCGAGAGAGAGAGAGAGCUAAUUUUCAGAUUACAACGCACCUAAAAUGGCGCGCUGAAGUGAUUAUAGUUGUUGUUUUGGGCUAACACGUAGAGUUCCUGCUGUAUUAGAAGAGAGCAGCCGUCGUACGUUAGUAUUUGUGUGUGCGUGUGCGUGUACGUGUGAGUUUGUGUCGAUGUCUAGUAACUUCUAGUUCUUUAGGUUCUUGUUCCUCGUUUUUUUCCCCGAUUUGGGUGUGCAUCGUAGUUCUUCGUAACCGGUAGAGAAGAGAGGUAGUCAGCAGAUCCCUCAAGAGGCUAGUGGACCAGUAUAGGAUACAGAGGAGCAGAAGGAGCAGAGUAAUACUAUCUUUGUGUAUGUGUGUGUCCGUUUUUGCAAACAAAUCUCGAUGGUUGUGAACAAUGUUUUGUUUUUAGAAUUCUGCAAGCAGGACACACGAGGUGGGUGGUCACUGCACUGCGCACUACUGUACCCGAUCGGGUUUCCCAUAAAUUACAUUUGAUUUCAGUGGAACGAGUGGUUUCGGAGCUUUACGCUCGUCAUUAGUCGAACCGAGGGAGUUAGAAGUAAGCGACAAGCAGGAGCAGUAACAGAUUUCUACGACGAGACCACAAUCCGGUUCGCCAAACAUUCCCUUUCCCCUGGAAAACGAAAACAACAUGUAACGUAUUCCUCGAGUUUGGUCGCAUCAUCCCGUCGUUGUUGAUCGUCGUAAUGCACGACACAAGGUCUAGUGUAGCAAUAGGUAGCAACAGUCAUGACGCCGUGACGUCCCCGUACGCCUUACUAACACGUGUGCCUUAUUACGAGGGAAACAGAAGAAUGUAACCAAUGUGUAGUAGCCGGCUGUUAGUAGCCCGAAGGGAGCCAUAUAGGGGAACAGUAUUGGAGCGAAACAGUUCAAGAAACAGAACCCACGUAACGUACAACAUGACAACGACAACCGGGAUGUGAUGAUUUGAAUGGUGUAGCACCUCUUUUUGGAACCCAAAACCAGAUUAGACAAACCCGUAGUAGUAGCAGCAGCAGUAGUACUAGUACAGUUCCCAUAAACUCCUUGGCGCACUCGUAGCUUCACAGAAAAACAAACUUCCUUUUUCCACCUUCUUCCUGCUUGCCUCCACGGAUUGGAUGUACGGUAUGCAGUACGGCAUAACGAGCAGUACUUGGCAUGGACCUUCCGCAACGGACGACCGGAAAAGUCCUGGAGUCCCUGCACCACCACCACCACCACUAUUACUGCAUGAUCUUAAUUUAAAUUUUCAAUCAUGCAAAUUGAAUAUUAAACCUUGCACACCUCGUCUUCACCGGCCACCACGAGCGUUGGCCAGUAGUCCGGCCCGGAGGGGGCCAGGGUCUUGGCAUCAUCACUCUUCUUGCAGUCGCC